CGUGAUGCAGAACUUCCUCUUUCUCCAAUGUAAAAAGGAGGGGUAUUUCCAUUUGGUCUAGCCAAAGUUAUAGCAAAUCCGGAAGUGGUUUAGUUUUCAGGAAACUCAACAAUACUUUUAGUCGACAAUGGAGCGGAUACCAGGUUUACGGUUUUACUUUGGCGUUUUCCUUCUAAACUGUGUUUCUAUGGCAGCGCAAGGGCUCAAUCUUCACUGCGUCAACGACUUCGACAGGCUGAUGGUGUGUGCGUUCAAUCCCCCGCCCGACGAUCCGAGCUGCGCCGAGUACACACUCAACACCCGAGUGGAAGGCACACAACGAUACACUGUGAGGAAUUGCAAUUUAAAAUCGGACUCAGUUCGGACGGGAAGGUGCAGUUGCUCGUUGGACAUCAAUGGGUUUAACGUGGGGGACAUAUACACAACAACGCUGCGGAAAGCUGGGGCUCUAGUGGUGUCCAAAAACAUCUCAGCUUACUCCAACGUAAAACCCAAAGCCCCAAAUAUCACUUCGGUGACAAGAGAAAAGGGGAAUUAUCUGGUGACGUGGGACACAAAUUACGAAAAUGACCUCUCCUUCAAGCUGACGGUGUGGCUGAACUACCGCAAAAAAGGAGAGAAAGGCACGAAAGUGGACGUUUCGUCCAUGGAGUCUUAUGAGAUUUUGGGCAAGUCCCUGGAGCCGUGGACAGAGUACCUGGUCAGCGUGCAGAGCUCCUCUGCGUUCUACAGUGAAAGCAGUGGAGACCUGACAUUCACCACCCCUGUGUCACCUACCAGUAUUGCGGUUGCGGUCAUUAUGAGUCUGUGUGUUGCUGCUUUCAUCAUCACCAGUUUCCUGUAUCUAUUCUGCACACGGUUGAAGGAGAGUUGGUGGGAUAGCGUUGGCGACUAUAAAAACUCAACUUUGUUAUUCAUGGUCCCAGGAGAUCACAAGGUGCUUACGCCGCAGAAAACUCCCCUGAGCUCUGUCUAUGUUGAGGCCUGCAAAGAGGACGGAUUUGACGAAAAACCAUUGGACAGCAGUGGUAAUUCCCUUCAAAGUACCGGAGCUGAAAGCGUUUCCUCGUCUCUGGGUUACUCGCAGAAGGUCUCCAUUGACCUAAUCUCCGAUGUGGAGGAAGCCAUGCGUAUGGCCUUCCCCCAGCUCUCCACAGCUCCCUGCCAUAUCGUUGCCCACAGCAACAAUGGUUACAAUCCAAUCGCUGGGACCUCCAGCCCCUCCGUUUUUGAGAACAUGACAUAUUCCAUGUCUUCUUCUGGGACCCAGGGGUUAUACGCUGCCAACCCGCCUGCUGUACUUAGUGAGUCCUUCUACAAACCCAGUAUGUUGUGGGGUGAGGUACACAACCCUUUUCCAGAUUCUCAGAUGCCUAUUUUCCAGCUGACUGGACAGAGGCAGCCUUUCGAUCCAUCCCAUAUGAAAACUGACCUUUCCUAUCAGUCGUGGAAGGCUGAAUCGGGGAGCUCAUCGCAAUCAGAGGCUCUGCAGGUAGACCUCUCGUAUAGCUGUUCUCCGGGUGACACCACUUCUUCCUCCGACCUGCAUGGCUUUGGCUCCUCUCAGUCUGGUGACAACUUCAAAGAGUCACUCCUAGUUGGAGAAGCUGACCGGUCUAGCAUGAUGGAACGUGUUUCCGGUGAGGAGAAACCGUCAUUCAACGUCUGGGUUUCAAAUCCUUCUGAGGUGUCCUGCCCUUCCCCUGCAUGCAGCCUUGUUUCCUUGGACGAUGACUUUCAAGAAUUCCAAAGUAUGAUGAAGCGACCAGGAGUGCUCAUUCCAACGGCAAACGACAGUAGGCCCAGAGGUCGGCCGGAGAAGCUUCCUGAGACUCCCUACACUGGAAUGCCUCAAAGAACCAUAGAGGGAGCAAGCACCUUAACCCAAACAACACAAGCAGCCCAGGGUAUUCUGGACACUCAAGGCAACAAGUUGUCUCUUCUGCCUGCUGAUCAGCACAAGCUAAUCAUGAUCGGUGAUUAUCAUAGAGUUUAAUUAGGUCUGAGACCGUCGACUUAAUGGACACUAAGAGCCUCAAUGUAAAGAGAUUUAAGUUGUAUUGAAUUGAGAGCAAGGGCACAAAGCUUGGACCACUGAACUCAAUGGUUAUAACAUGGAACCCGUGGUUAUGUUCAUUUAUAUCUGUAAUAUAAAGUAUGUGACAAAAAGACACACAUUUUGUGUGUGUUUGCGUGUGUCAGAGUAGAGAUGGUUGGUUUUUGUACAGUGGACAAAACAUUUCAUCGACUUUUGUAAAUAUAAAGCACUUUCAUAUUAUAUUUUUAACUUGGAAUGUUAUACUAAUGAUCUUAUAAUGUUAUAAACGAGUAAUAAAAUGUGGACUGUAACUUUUCAUUCAAAAAGUAUAGAUGGAACAAGAUGGAACCAUUGGGUGACAAGAUGCAUCAGGUGCAUAAAUGCACUGUGUGCAUUUGAUGAUGAUGUUAAUCAUGUCAAUUCUAACCCUCUAUUUUGCACGGUAUAAUAAGUAUCUCUUCACUUGCAUCGAGCUCCUUCGAGAACACGCAAAGCAUUGUUUAUGCAAACAGUUUUCAACGUAUAUACCUGGUCAAUCUAUGCAACACAAGCUAUUAAACCAAAUGUACACUAGAGGAUGAUUUAACAUUCUACAAAAUAUAAACAGUGUUGAGCUCCCUCAACUGGACAUGCUGUGUAUGUUCUCGAGUUUUGUAGACGUGUGCUGUUGAGUUUGUUUGGUCUUAUAUUCUAUUUCAAUUAAAUAUCUACAAUAAAAAACGAUUAUAGUAAUCCAAAGCUCUGUAUUUAGUUCAUCUUACUUGAGGUGAAUAAUAUCUGCCGUGUCGGUGAGAACAUUUUAAGUGUCUCGGUCCUUUUCUUACUGUGUAAGUGUAAUCGACUCCAACGUCUGUGAAUGGUGGGUCAUCUGGAGAGACUCUAUCCGGGAGUAGAUCAGCCAUCUGCUGUUGUCCAGAAAUAGCAUUUAUACGCCAACAGACAACACAUUUAGACAGGAUUUUUCUGAUCAAUACUGUGGCACCAGGAAUCCAAUAUUUCUGACAUAGUCUGGAUAGCGUAUGGUUUCGACCACCAUGUCCCACCUCCAUGAACGGUCGUAGAAUGAGGUCAGCAAUGUGAAAGUCUUUGGACAGAAUGACAGGAUGUUUAAUUUCUUCUGGCAUUGCAGCUCUGCUUAGGCAACCAGGUAUGGAAGAAUGAGUUCAUCGGCUGGGAUCCAGAGCAGUGCGGCACAGAAGAGAUAACGUUACCUAGAACCCAGUUUUGGACACCAGAUAUGGUCAUCAAUGAAUUGUAAGAUUCAUGCACAAUUACAAUAAUCAAGUGUGAAACACAGACGAAACGUAUGGAUCAAAUGUUGUCAUUGUCUUAUGUUGUUCCAUAAGUUUAUGCCUUUAGCUCCAAUGAUCUACAAAAUGUGAAUCAAAUUAUUCGAUUGCUUAUAUCCACACUCAUGUGAACCUCAGGAGUGGAAAAAUGUCUAUUCAAUUAAGGAACGUACUUAUUUUCCUAAAUCACCGUUACUCCUCUAACCAAUCAAAUCUCAAAAGUGGUGACAUGGUGAUCCCUUAUGUGCAAUACAAGGCCUUUGAUAUAACUUUGAUAUAAAAUAAUAAUAAUACUGAUCUCAUAUCUAAAGACGUAAACAUUGCUCGAAAGAAGUGUGAAAUGUGUUUUUUUUGCCGUCCUACAGCGUUUCGCAAAACACAACAUUUGUGCCUUAUGUACAUGUCAAUUCUAAUGGCAAGAUCUACCACUACAGCCCUGUCAGAGUGGUUAGCUAAUGCAGGCUGUACAUCUACACCUUCCUCUUUG